AUGACGUUCCUCCAGCAGCGAGCCAUCUUUUUCCAGGAAAACGCCUUGAUCCGGGACGUGUGCCGCGUCGCGUCAUCACUCCGCGAUACCAUACCCGACGGUGCCUAUGUGCUCGCACAGCACUGGAAGGAGCGCAUUGUCCAGCGCGCGAUCGGUGCCUUGCCGCGCCCCAAAGCUCUGCUGUCGACGCAUGGCCGUCUCCUAUCGUCGGCGCUGGCCACGGCUUGUGACGACUACGCCAUGGCCAUGCAGAAGACUUCGCGCAUCUACCAACUUCAGCGAGAGCAAUAUCCCAUUCUCGCAGCGUACGCAGCACUGGAAGCCACUCUUCGGACGCCGACGCCGGGUGAAAUUGGCGAGCGGCAUGCACCGUUUGCGGUGGCGCGGCAGCAGCUCCAAGCCGCGUACUUGUUUUCGCCACCGUGGACGCUGCCACUUUUGCGGCAAGUGCUCACCAUGUCCUCCUCGAUCUUGCAGCACGUCUCGUUCUUUUAUGACAUUCCCAGCGACUAUGACGCGAUCGCGUCACGCCCGCAGCCGCCGUUUUUGCUGCCCGACUACCUCUGCCUGCAGCACGCGACUAUGGCCAUUGCGCAAGAGACACUGCGUCUUGACUGGCGCAAGGCCAUCAUCCAGCUUAUCCAGUGCUCGGUCGAGAUUGCACCGAGAAAAGACCCGAGCGUGGUGCGCCGGUUUGUCAAGUAUGUCGACUGUCUCCUCAGUCGAGACCUGACGGACCUGAUGGCGUCGUCGUCGUCGGGCUUUUGGCGCCUCCUUUUGGAGCCCCGGUGCACGCAGAUCACGCGCCAAGCGUCCGAGAUUCCCAUGUCGACCAUCCGGAAGCGCCACGUACCGCUGUACUACCGCCCGCGGCUCAAGCCGCCGAUCCUCGCGCUGACGCUCGCAUUGGUUGCUACAUCCGGUCGCACGCGUACCGUGACGCUGCAGCCGUCACUGGACGAGGUCGAAGCCGCGAUCGUCGAGCUCAUUGGCACGACGACAACGUCUUUUUUACAGCAAGUGCGUAUUGAGAGCGCGCUUGUGCCGCACGUCGCGCCCCUCCCGCUGCUCCACGCGGAACGAGCCGCCGAGGUGCAGAGUGCGAUGGCCGAGACCACAAGCAUCAUGCGCCGUCUGUUUCUCGGGCCAUUGGCGCUCGUCGAGCGGUACCAAGCGUUUGUGUUGGAGCUCGACACGCGCAUGGCGCGUCUGCAAUCGCUGCUCGGCACCGACCAGAGUGUCUUCUUGCCCGACGACAAUUUUCAAAUGGUUUUAGACCAACUGCAAUGGUUUACAUCGACGCUGACGACGGUCGCCGUCUCGUCCUUUGACGACGAAGCUUUUGGGCUCCUGCAGGUCGACUCGCGGCACCUCAAACAGGUGCUCUACGACCAAGUCCAUGAUGUGGUACAGACCACGCUGCACGCGUUGGCGGCCAACUGCCACAUCUGCGAAGGCAGCAUCACGGCAGCGUUCGAAGGGGAUUUCAACAAACUCGCGACCGUCCCCAAGACCGAAGUGGACGUCGACGCGCAGUGCAACUACAUCCACGACCUUCUACUCUCGGUGCACGAACGCCGGCUCGCCGUCAGCGCGAUCGACGGCCGCCUCGACGCGAUCGCGGGCCUCGGUGUGCGCGUGCACAUUGCACUGCACAAGGCGAUCUGGGCGCGGCACUGGACACUCCAGCAGUGGCCGCAACGGCUCCAUGUCGCCGCCUUGCGAGCCAGCGAAAUCGCCGACUGGAAAAAACUCCAGCUCAUGGAAGGACUCGUGAAAGAGAAGCGUCGGUUCCAAUUGGACAUGAGCGCAUUGCGCCACGACAUGCAUGACUUUAUCGAGUCGGUGGUCUGGGCGCGCGAGAAGCUCGAUGCGAUCGCCGACCGCGCGCACAGCCUGUUGGAGCGCGCCGAGACCGCAGUCGCCCAAGUGCACGCGUUCAUGGUGCGGGAGCGAGCGUUCGGAAGCCCGCUUUCCAAAGACAUGGAAGUGACUACGCUCUUGUCGCACAUCUCGCCGUACGCUCGGUUUUGGUCCAUGGCCGCCGAGCUCGUUACCUCGACGCAUGUCUGGAGCAAGACACCCUUUCACGUUCUCAACGGCGCCGACGUCAUGGCCAAACUCGAGGUGUGGCGCGCGCAAAUGGCAGGCGCGCGCUUUGAAUUUCAAGCCAAUCCUCGCAUCAUGGCGUCCCUCGACGCACUCGCGUCCGAGCUCGACGCCUUUAGCGUCGGUGCUCCCGUCGUCGCCAUGGUCGCGUCCGGCAGCAUGAAGCCGCGCCACUGGGUGCAAGUUGUCUCGCUUCUACCUCGACACCACGCCGUCACGGGCGUCGCCCAAGAAAAGCUGCUCUUUACGCUCGAAGACCUCGUCGACGACGGUAUUCUCUCGGUGCUUUCGGCCACCGAGAGCGUGCACAAGACGGCGGUCGCGGAAUUCGGUCUCGAAACAACCUUCGUGGGCCUGCGCCGGUCGUGGGCCCGGCCCCUCUUUGCACUGGAGCGGUAUGCGCUCAAGGACACGUUUGUGAUUACGAAUUUCGCCGAGCUGCGCGCCGAAGUCGACGACCAGCGCCUAACGGUGCACGGGUUGGUGGCUUCGCCGCAUGUGACGCCAUUGCUCCACGAAGUAUGCCUAUGGCAAGACAAGCUCCACUUUGCCGCCGAGCUCUUGAAGCUCUGGCACGACGUCCAGUGCCGGUGGCGCGACGUCGAAGGCUUCUAUUACCGCGUGACCGACACGGACAUUGGCCGGGAUGUCGCGACGAUGGAGAAAAUCUGGCGAAGUCUCUUGCACCUCGUGCGCGGCCAGCCAAGCGUCGCCCGCAUGGUCGAUUCCGACAACCUCAAGGAGCCUCUGGAACGGUGCUGGCGCAUCCUCGAGCACGCCACCAAGGCGAUUACAGUUGUCUUGGAGUUGCAGCGAGACGCGUGUCCCAAGCUGUGGCUCCUCCCGAACGAUACGCUUCGGGAUCUUCUCGCGGCCAAAGACAGGAGCGCAAUCGUGCGCUGCCUUCAAGGACUCUACGACGGUCUGUGCGACCUCGUGUCGAAUACCGAUGGCAGCAUUGCGCACGUAUGUCUGCACGGCAACGACGUUCUUCCUCUGGCGACACCGAUACCGUGGCAGUGGCCCGUCGCGGAAGGCUGGUUUGAGCACCUCGGUGCGCAGCUCCAAUGUCUCGACGUGGCGAUCCACACGGCCGUUCGUGACGCGCUAUCGGCAGCGUUUUCGGCCACCGACACCCUCGUCUCCGUCGCGUCGCUGCUUACGACGGCCCCGCUGCAAGUCGCCGUGGCGACAUUGCACUUUGUGUGGACACGAGCUAUGACGCGCGCCAUCGACGCCGGUGAAGCCACGGACGACGUCCAUCGCGCGCUCCAGACCGUGGCCAAGGAGAUGAUCCGAACCCUACGCACGUGUCCACUCAAGAUGGCCGUGCUGCUCACCGACGUCAGCGCGCUCCUCAAUGUCACAACCGACCUGAAAGGGGCACGACACAACGAUUUCCAGUGGCAAGCUUAUCCCAAGCACAAGCUCGAUGCGUCCGGCGAGUAUGUGCUCGAGGUGCUGCACACGUCGAUGGCUUACCGCCACGCCAUUGUGUGCCACCACCGCCCGCGAAGUGCAUUUACGACCGAGAAGGCUGUCUUUGGCCUCUCUCUCGCGCUGCGCCAUGGCCGCGGGUUACUCUUACAAGGCGACGGCGCCACCGACACGGCACGGGACCUCGCAUGUCUUCUUGGCACGACACUUGCACUGCACACGGCUACGACGCCUAGUGCGUCGUCGUGGCGCCAACUCGGGCAACUGCUACUGGGCGCCGCAAGCACGGGAAGCUGGCUCUUCAUCGCCAAUUUGCACGCAGCCGCGGCAUCGGUCGUCGGCAAGCUGACGCACGCCGUGCUGCAACAGGCGUUGGGUCGGCGCCUGUCGAUCAACGGACGCACUGCCAACGUGCACCCGCAGUUCGUCUUGCUGGCGUCGGUGUCGGCACCGAUGGCGACGGCAACGACACUCUCGGCGACCUUCGUGCCUUGCGCGCUCGUGCCCCUCGAUGCACACGUGGCGACAAAGCGCGCGUUGUACGCCUGUGGGUUCCAGCACUACGAAGCACUGGGCGCUUGGAUUGGCGCGUUCCGAAAUGGCCUACGCGUUGAAAAGGUACGCGUCACCGAGCUACCGCUCGCGCCGUGGCGUCUCGCGCUAAGCGCUGCGUCUCACCGUGCUGCUGCAUGCUCGAGUUCGUUGCUGCUCGAGGCCGAAUGCGACGCUGUCAUCGCUGCCGUUGAACGCACCGUGACGGCCCGACUCUCGAUUGCGGACGCCUCCGCGGCCCAGCUGCUGCUGCGGCGCCUCGCGCCCGUGCCGUCCACUCCGAGUGACGGCGCUGUCGAGUACCAUGCGAGCAAGAUGGACCAGCUACAGCACACCACCUCGACCUUUCUCUGCUCGAUCCUCUUUGGGGCACCCGCGGUGGGCAAGUCGACGUUGCUGGCUGCUGCCGCUGCCGACACGCGAUGCGACAUCGUUCGGCUGUAUCCUGGCGAAUCGCGCCUUCUCGAGCCGUUUUACAGCACCGGCCUCCAGCCUUCGUGGCUACACGAGGUCGUGACCACAGCGAUUUCGACCGAGACGCGCUGGAUCGUUCUCGACGGGCCCUGCGACGCGAUGCUCCUCGACACGGUCGUGGCGUUUCUAGACGACUAUCAACACGGACCACUGGAGGCCAUCCCAGCGCAUCAGGCGUGGCGCAUUGUGCUGGAAACCGACGUCGUCGUCGGGCUCUCUCCGUUCACGGCGCCCUCCAUCGGCCAGGUCCAUCUCGAUACCUCGGGCCUGAGCUGGCGCCACGUGCUCGACGCGUGGCUGCAACGACUGCCGUCGUCGAUCGCCCGGUCGCACGGCAAGACGCUGCAAGAUCUCGGGUUCUGGGUGUUUCCGCUCGCAUGCACGCUGCUGCCGCCCAAGCACCCGAUGGUCGUCGCGUCAGCUUCCACAAUGGUGUCGCUUCUCUCGCUCGUCGAUGCGCUCGUCGCGACUGGCGGCGGGUGGCCCUCGUCGUCGGCAACCGUUGCGCCGCUACUGGAAGGAUGCUUUGUCUUUGGCUUGAUUUGGUGCGUUGGUGCCACAUUGGCGCCCGCCCAGAAAGAGACGUUUGGCCAUUUACUGCGACGCGCGAUCGUUGGCGAUCUGCCGCAGCACUACCGUGUCCUUGCAUCGCCGAUACCGAGUCACAAUGGCGUCUUUGACUACGUGUUUGAUGUCGCCUUGGUGCGCUGGGUGCCGUGGCCGUCGGCGACACUCGUGGCAGGGGCGCCAGCAUGGAUUGGCGCUCUCGGCGCGGCGUCAGUACGCACUGCGUUCUUCACCACGGUAUGGCGCCCGAGCUACCGCCCCAUCCUGCUCACUGGAGCCUCGUGCAGCGGCAAGUCCCACCUCUUGCACCGCUACUACUGUCAUUCCGACGGCUCCCACGACUACAUUCCGUGCUAUGGCUCCAUGGACCACCUGAAACACCGCAUCGCGUCCAAGCUCGGGUGGGUCCGUGAGCGCACGCUCGGCCACGUCAAAGGCCUCGACCACUACGUCGUCCUGGAUGACUUGCACGUCGCCCGCACCGGCGUCGACUGCGUGCGCGAGCUCGUCGAGACGCAGCGGUGGCGGUUCGAGGCCGCAGACAUUCGCCUCCGUCACGUCUGGUUUGUCGGUGCCAUGCGUAGUAGCGACGACACACGCCUGUCGCGGCGGCUCCUUCGGCACUUUUUUGCUCUUGUGCUCGACCCCCCGACGCCCGACUCUGUCUUUGCCGUGUGUGCGACGUCGACGACGCCGGUGCUGUCGCCGUCGUUGCGCGAUUCGGUGCUGCAGGCAACCACCGCGCUCUUGCUCGACGUCCUCGAGCACCCGGCGACACCAAUGCUUGGCUGGAACGUGCUGCGAAAAGGACUCGACGUCCUUCGUAUCAUCGGCACGCUACCGCCAUCGACAUAUGCAACGUUCGGGCUGAGCAUGCUCUGGGCCCACGAAGUCUCCCGCGAGUUUGAAGACGCGCUUCGAUCGGCCGCCGACGUUGCCCAGUUCCGAGCGAGCCUCGGCGCCGCCUUGGCCAGUGGUUUUGGCCCGGCGUCUGUCGCACAGCUCGAGUCGAGGAAGAGCUUGAAUGGGCUGGUCUUUUGCCCCAACGCCCGCCAGCCGUGCCAAUACGACGAGAUCUACCACCCGCAGUAUGUCGCCGAGUGUCUUGGCGCGUGGCGCCUCGCGUCCAAGUACCCGACCACGGUGUAUGCGUCCAAAGCCACCGUUUCCUGCCUCGCCAAGCUCCUUCGCGUCCUCACGCUGCCCCUCCGCGCCGGGCCGUUUGCGUGCAUCUUUUUACAGUACAAAGCGGGGAGGUACGAUGCAUCGCAGCAGGUGGCGGCUACCGUCCGCAUGGCCAGCGCCAUCGUCGGCCUCGAGUGGUACGAGGCGACGUGUACAACGGUCGGGGCGUCCGCAAGCCGCCGUCUCGUCUAUGUACCGCCGUCGAUCGACGCGCGUGCCGUCAUCGCCACCGAGCUAGACGCGGUCCACCCGGGUGACACAACGGACGCGCGACAACCAAAAACCUUCUUCGUGCUUCCGAUGCCAUCGAACGGCGACGACGACGACGUCCGAACCUUGUACCCGAUGCUACGCAGCGCGCCAUGCCUCUUUGAACACGCCCAUAUCGUGUGGCUGAACGACGACGACGACGACGACGGUGACUGUUUUGACGGCAACGCUGCUGCCAUUGUCGCACGGACGUCGCUGGCGCCGACCCUGUCCCGGCACGCCCGGUCCGAGGCGCUCCUAACGGUCUGCGGCGAGGUCCAAGCGCAUGUCGAGCGCGCACUGCAUCACGCGGGCGCGUCGACGCGCCUAGCGUCCAUUUCCAAGUACACGUUUCCCGAGGUCGUCGAGACACUCUUGUCCGAGCACACGGCUCGGUGGCGUUGCAAAGAGCGUGUCUGGACGCAGGCGCAGGCUCAAGCGUCGGUCCUCACGAGCACGAUCCACGCGCUAGCCACUCGUACGGAGCACCUCUUGAUGGCGCUCGCAGAUCUCGAAGCCCGGCGGACCGUGUGCAUGGGCGACGUUGCGGCGUGGACGGCCGCGGCCCGGCAACUCGACGAGCACUAUGACGCGCACGUGGUUAGCGCCAAGAUUUCCGCCGAGGCCUGUGCGCGCAAACACGCAGAGCUCAUAGCCGCGCUAGCGCCGUUCCACGCCAGCGCCACCGCGCGGGGAGCGGCCGUCCUCGACUUGCCGCGCGACGACAACCUCGACGAAGCCAAGCCGGCGCGGCUUCACGGCCAUUGGAGCCAGCUCCACAGGGUGCUCCACGAGCUGUGUUUGCACGGUCGCGGGCGGCGGCGCCCCAGCAGCGAUACACCGAUCGAUGGCCAAAGCGGCAGUGUCCGCGACCUCGUGCGGAACCUUCUGCACGUGUCGAUCGAGCGCGUGGCGCAGAGUGCGGUUAUCAGCGCGCGGCAAUGGCGCCACUCGAUCGCCGAUGCAAAAGUGUUUCCAACGUUGCAAGUCGUCCUCGACUACCUCGAUGCACUCUUGGCGUGGGCCAAAAUCAUGAACGACAAGCGGCGUGCGUCGACGCAGCUCGUCGACGACCGCCGCCGACUCGAUGCGAUGCAACAGGCGACGCCGCAGCAUCGAGCCGCGCAGCUCGAGGUGCGCAACGCGCUUGGCAUGGCCGGCGCCGAUGUCGAAGCCCACGACGUCGAGAUGCAAGCUGCGCAAGAGCAGCUGACCGCGCUCCGAGCCAAGCGCGCCUUCGAGGAGACCGUUCGCCGUCGCCUUGACGCGUCUACGGUGCGUAUCCAGGACCAGUUGACAUCGGUACCGGUCGUCCUCGGUACCCGCCUGCCCGGCGCGUGCAUGGUGGCAGCCACGAUCCGUGUGUAUUUAGCAUCGUGCAAAAGCUGUGUGCGGACAUCGGUGCUCGAGUCUGUGACGCGCCUCCUCGCGACGCGUCACUUUGCCUGCUCGGUGGACGAGAUGCUGCUGCUGGUCUAUGAGGAGCGCACGCUACUGGCGCGCUGGCGUCUCCACGGCCUGCCACCAACGACUGCGUUUACGGCGGCGGCCUAUGCGAUCACGUCGAGUACAAAGCCGGUGCUGCUCAUGGACGGCGAUGGGGUCGGCAAAGCGUGGCUCACGUCCUUGUAUGGAGACGCCCUUCUGGUUUGCGACGCUACUGAGACGAGCAUCUCGCGGGCUACGAUGCGCGCGCUGCAGACGCGCAAGCAGCUGUUCAUUUGCAACGUUGAAGCCGACUUGCGCUUCAUCCUCGAUGCCUUCGCACACGCGAGAGGGCAUGUGCAAUUGGAUGGCAAAAUCCAUACCGUCCACGCCGAGUGGUGCGUCUUUGUGCAGACUCCGUUUGUGGCACGACCGCAAUGGCCCGAGGCCAUCUACAACGCUAUGGACGUCGUGGAUGUUGGCUUGAGCCCGACGGACGCCCCCAGCUACUUUCAGUCGCUCGUUGCAACGCUCUGGGACGAAAGCGACCAUCUUCGAGUCAAAACCAGCUGGGUCGCCUACUACGAUGCACCCAGCAUCGACGAUGAGCUCACACCCGCUCUCGCCGCCAACGCAUCGCUCGACGAUGUCUGGCACCGGCUGCAAACGGACGAGGCGCCUGAGCCGCCGCCCGCGGGCUUGGCGGCGUCGACGAAAUCGUACAUGGAGAGUCUUCUUCCAACGCUUGUCUUUCUCUUUGACGCUUCGUACAAUCUACGGGCGAUCAAUGGCAACUACGCCGUAUCCUGGAGCCGCGCCUCGAUCGCGCGGCUCGUCGAGUCGGCCAAGCACCGGUGGCAGGUCGACACGCUUCGCGCUGAAGAGACCAAGCGCGAUCUGGUGUCGCUGGCACGCCCGGGCUUGAUGCAGACGUUCACGAAGCGACAGCUACUCAAGCGCGCGCAGACACGCACCAAGCGGUUCCACGACAACACCGAGCCGCGUGAGCUGGCCGAUCUCCACGCGCAUGUGCUGCAGUACAUUGCCGCCGUCGACGAAAUCGUCUCGAACGAGCACGCGGUGACGUGGCGCUUCCUCCUCUCAAUUGCGUCGGCGCGGCAGUUUGCGCCGUCCUUGGCCCUCUCGAACGACCUAUUGAGUGCGAUGGCGCGCAUUUGGCGCGGCGAAGUGCCGUGGAUCUCCAGCGCCGACGCGCUGCGCAAGCCGGUGCAGAUGGAGAAACGGAAUUGGGCGAUCGUGCUGACGCUCUCCAAGUGCGACGGUUGGCGCGACGACUGGUCGCUACCGCCCGUGGACCUCGGUGCCAACUCGAUGGACCUCGCGUGGCACCGCGUUGCCUUUGCCACGUGCUGUUAUUCCCGAGACGAGCUCUGCGCUGCCAUCACGCACUUUACAUCGGUGGCGCUAUCGCCGCAUGCUCUCCCACCGUUGCCGCUGCCGCAUACAUCGACGCACACCGCCCUCCAAGCUGCGCUGGACGCGACGGACCGUAGUACACCCAUCGUUCUCUUUGUCGAUGCGGUGCCGUCGGCGGUGUUGACCCUACUGGAGCUUGGCACCACCCCAUCGCUCGUGGCGGCGGACGACGCAUCCGACGUCGUGCGGGAUGGCCUCGCGACAGCUGCUGCCCAAGACCGCGGGGCACUCGUCUUGCUGCAGCACACGCCAAGGCGCCACCUACAUUCGUGCAGCCUCGCGUGGCAGGAGCAGAUGAUGUGUGAGCAAGAGAAGGGUGGUGCGCAUCACCGCCUCUGGCUCUUUGCGUCGAUACGCGACCCGAUAAGCGACGCCGUCGUAUCGAGCCACGCCUACAAGCGCACGUUGCGACCACUGGAUUCGCUGGCUGACACGCACCCGCCGACAACCGCCGACGACAACGACGAUGCUCGGCUCGAUAGGCGCCUUCGCCGUCUCCACGUUGCCCUCCUUCGGCAACAACACGUUUUCUUUGCCCCGACCGUCCCGUUCGACGACUCGACGCUGGCGAUGGCCAUGCGCGACGCACAAGCAGCACCGGUUACCACCCCUUUUGAGACCCGAUUCGCCAUCGCAGUUGCUGUCUACCGCAGCUACGUUCUGGAUGCUGACCGAGUACAGUCGAUCUGUGCAUGGCUGGAGCGCAUCGAGUGCGGCAUCGAGGGGCCCGAGGUGUAUGGCGACACGCUGCAGCACGUGUGUCCGCCCCUCGAGCGCAAUGACGAGGCCAGUGUCCAGGAGCUCCAGAGCCUCUCGCACGCGAUCGCACUUCACUACACGUUCCAUGAUGUACUGAGUCUCGCGACGUGGCAAGAGCACCAGCAGACGCGGAGUCCGUGGACCAAUUUCUUCUACACCGAAGUCACCGCUUUUGGUGUGCUGGUCACGGCCAUGCAGCGGGAUAUCGCCGAGUAUCUUGCAGACCUACCGUCGCACCGCUCGAUUGUGCAGCCGUUGCUGGCGGGUUUUGAUUUCCCCUUGUCCUGGCGGGUGCUACCGCGUCUCCAGCUCAUCUCGAUCGACGCCUUUCUCGCGCACAUGAAGCAGCGACGCCAGUGUCUCGAGGUCUACAAGGACGGCAGCAACAACGCCGAGUUUUGGCUUCCUGCGUUCGCGCACCCCAAGCGACUCGUGGAGCUUCUUCUGUACCAGCACGUGCCCAAACGCGCGCGCUUCGUGCUCGGCGACGUGGUAUCACGCGCCACGUCGACGGCCGAUCGGUUUGCCCGUCGACUGCUCAAGAAGCCAACGACCGCCGAGACGCAGGCAGGCACGACGCUCACGGGCGUGCGCGCCUACAACGCCAGCUGGCACCCGACGGCUCGGCAGCUGGGCCGGCCCCUAGGCCUCGGAACCGCUUCGGACUUGCCGUCCAUUUACGUCGUCUACGAUGACGACGCGGGUAGAGAGGCGCAUGUUGACCUCGUCGAGCUCCCCGUGCAUCAGGUCGACAGCACCAAAGACCCGAUCGUGUGCUCGGUCGUCUUGCGCGUCUUGGUGCCCCUGCCUGAGAACGCAACGGACCGGACGUGGCUCCUCGCACACUCGUUUCUCUAUAUCGGCUGACCGCCGGCUUUCGGCUUAAGUGUACCAGCCCUCCAGUUCGCAUCCGAAUGACAUCCCGAGUUCAC